AUGAGAUUGCUCCACACUACUAUUCUGGCUGCUACAGCCGCUUCUCAAGAAUCCAUAUCUUGGCAAGAACAGUUGAUCAAUCGAUUGAGCCAACACACGAUUUCAAACAGCUGGAGUCUGCAUUCUAGCUCUCUCGAAGAAGACGACUCAUGCGCCGAUCGCUGCAUCCUGAACCCAUCCAAUCGUCUCUCGUGUGGCCGUUCGCGAAGCCGAGACCAGUGCGACUCGCUCAACUGUUGCUGGGACGCAGAUUCCGAAAUGUGCUACAAGCAGGUAUUCGAUCACUGCCCGAAGGAUACAUGCGAGCGCAUUGAUCCUCAAGAUCGACAAAUGUGCUCAGAAAUUCUCGGCCCAGAUCUGAAUCAGGAAGAAUGCGCAGAACUCGGAUGCUGCUAUGAUAGUUACGUCGACUUUUGCUACUCAUCGGUUCCAAAGGAGACCGCAAUGGCACCUGCAACACUGGAAUGCGAGAGCGUCGAAUCUUCUCAGAAGGAGUCUUGUGGAUAUGGCCUGUCCCGUGACGCCUGUCUCGAGCGAACGGGUUGUUGCUGGCACGUGGAUGAAAACGCAUCCACUUAUUGCUACAAGCUAAGGAUUUAUAAUCAUAACUAA